CUCGCCUCGAUCCUUUUACCUUACGUCCGCCAUCGUGGAUUCACGACUUGAGAAGUGUGGACGUAAAACGCAACUAAAUCAAGAUGCCGUCAUUUAAUGUGGACGAGAUCCGUGAGAUCAUGGACCGGAAACAUCAAAUCCGGAACAUGUCUGUUAUUGCCCAUGUUGAUCAUGGAAAAUCCACCCUGACUGACUCUCUAGUCAGCAAAGCUGGUAUCAUUGCCGAUUCCAAGGCAGGAGAUGCCCGUUACACUGAUACCCGAAAGGAUGAACAGGAGAGGUGCAUCACUAUCAAGUCGACUGCCAUCUCUCUUUUCUACGAGGUCCCAGAAGAUGUCUACAAGCGCAUUGCUCAGCCACCAGAAGUUCUGAAGGGAGCUAAGGAAAGGGAAGCUUCUGACAAAAAGUACAAAUAUCCCAGCAAGACUGAUCGUGGUCAUUUGAUCAACUUGAUCGAUUCCCCUGGUCACGUUGACUUCUCCUCUGAAGUCACUGCAGCCCUUCGUGUAACUGAUGGUGCACUUGUGGUGGUGGAUUGUGUUUCUGGUGUGUGUGUCCAGACCGAGACUGUGCUUCGUCAAGCAAUUGCAGAACGUAUCAAGCCUAUUCUGUUCAUGAACAAGAUGGACUUGGCUAUCAGUUCUCGUCAGUUGGAUCAUGAGCAACUCUACCAGGCCUUCCAGAGGAGUAUUGAAGAUGUCAACGUCAUCAUCGCAACAUAUGGUGACGAGGAGGGGCCAAUGGGCAAAAUAAUGGUCAACCCUGAAUCUGGUACUGUUGGAUUCGGUUCUGGCCUGCAGGGCUGGGCCUUCAUCCUUCAAGACUUUGCCGAAUUGUAUCACAAGAAACUUGGGGUCCCAACAGAAAAACUGAUGAAGAGAUUCUGGGGUGAACAUUUCUACUACAUUCCUCCAAAACCCAAGGAUGGAGAGAAAAAGGAAGUGCCAGCCAAGGGGGACAAAGCUCCAAAAACCAAGGGGGACAAAGCUCCAAAAACCAAGGAUGGAGAGAAGGAAGUGCCAGCCAAGGACAAAGGACCGAAGAAGUGGAUUACGGUGCAGCAGGACAACUACGAAAGAGCUUUCAACCGCUUUGUCCUGAAACCCAUCUAUGAUUUGAUUGAUGCCGUCAAGAAUAAGACCAGGGAAGAGGCCUACAAGUUCAUCGAGAAAUCCUAUGAUGUUACCAUCUCCAACGACGACAAACAAUUGGAGGACAAGCCAUUCAGAAAGAGGAUCCUCCAAAAGUGGCUCCCGGCUGGCGAAGCGUUACUUCAGAUGAUCACAAUUCACUUGCCUUCCCCUGUGAAGUCGCAGAGAUACCGUAUGGAGCUGCUGUACGAAGGUCCCCAUGAGGAUGCUGCUGCCCAGGGUGUCAAAAACUGUGACCCAGAUGCACCCCUCAUGAUGUACAUCUCCAAGAUGGUCCCAACAAGUGAUAAAGGACGAUUCUAUGCUUUCGGUCGCGUCUUCUCCGGACGAGUUGCCAGUGGCCAGAAGGUGCGAAUCAUGGGCCCCAACUACGAUCCAUGCAAAGCUCAUGGUAAGAAGGACGAUCUCUACGAGAAGAGCAUUCAGAGGACUGUCCUUAUGAUGGGCCGCGCAGUAGAGCAGAUUCCUGAUGUUCCCUGUGGUAAUAUCUGUGGACUUGUUGGCGUUGAUCAGUAUCUCGUCAAGACCGGUACGAUAACCACUUUCGCAGAAGCCCACAACAUGAAGGUUAUGAAGUUCUCUGUCAGUCCUGUUGUCAGGGUUGCUGUGGAACCCAAGAAUGCGUCCGAGCUGCCCAAGUUGGUGGAAGGUCUCAAGCGUUUGGCAAAAUCAGAUCCUAUGGUACAGGUUCUGUAUGAAGAAUCUGGUGAGUGUGUCGUUGCCGGUGCUGGUGAACUUCAUCUGGAGAUCUGCCUUAAAGAUUUGGAGGAAGAUCAUGCCUGCAUUCCCCUCAGGAUGAGUGAACCAGUGGUGUCCUAUCGGGAAACAAUGGUUGGGAGCUCAGAUAUAGUGUUGACAAAAUCUCCAAACAAGCACAACAGAUUGUUCAUGAGGGGUGUACCCUUGUCUGAUGAAGUUGGAAAAGCUAUUGAUGAUGGUGAUGUCAGCCACAAGCAGGAUCCGAAGAGUCGGGCAACUUACAUCAAGGAAAACUUCGGAUGGGAUCCCAAUGAAGCAAGGAAGAUCUGGUGCUUUGGCCCUGAUGGGUCAGGACCUAACAUGGUUGUUGAUGUGACUAAGGCUGUCCAGUAUCUGAAUGAAAUCAAGGACAGUGUUGUAGCUGGAUUCCAGUGGGCUUCGAAAGAGGGUGUACUCUGUGAAGAAAACAUGCGCUGUUGUCGUUUCGAUAUCCAUGAUGUAACCCUGCACGCAGAUGCCAUCCAUCGUGGUGGUGGCCAGAUCAUACCAACUGCAAGAAGAGGGAUCUAUGGAUGUAUGUUGACAAGUAGCCCAAGACUCAUGGAGCCUGUUUACCUUGUGGAAAUUCAGUGUCCUGCUGAUUCUACUGGUGGCAUCUAUGGUGUACUGAAUAAGAGGAGAGGAAUCAGUAAUGGAGAAAUGGCAAUCGCUGGCACUCCAAUGAAAAUGGUGAAAUGUUUCUUGCCUGUAAACGAAUCAUUUGGAUUUACUGAGGCUCUUCGUUCAUCAACCCAGGGCAAGGCAUUCCCACAGUGUGUGUUCGAUCACUGGGAGCCAAUGAAGGAUUCUGAUCCAUUGACUGUUGGAACGAUGGCUAACAAGAUUGUUUCCGCCACGAGGAAACGCAAGGGUUUGAACGAAAAUGUACCAGAUGCAUCCAAGUACAUUGACAAAAUGUAGACUUCCACUGAGACAUCUAGGAAAAAUGGACUAUUUAUUCUUCUGUUCAUUGGGCUUCACUUCCUAUGGACUGAGGUUCUUUUCUUUUCAAAGAACAUUAUUCCCCCUCCCCCGAGGCAUCAAAUUUUCUCAAUGAAUGACUGGUCGGCGCAACUAUGGCAAUGAUACUUAUAUGAGUCAAGUCAUAUAAUUUUUUCUUCUGAAAGACAAACCUGAUUCCUCCGGAAGUGGAGUUCCCAAAUCAGUUUAUCAAGAGUUGUGCUGUGCUGUGCUGUCAAGUGUCUGGUGGUGGACUUCAGUUGCUGUCUUCGCCUUGAUUAAAUCAUUCAAUAUAUAGAUUCGGUAUUAUGCGGCAAUGAUUGUCCAAAGUUGCAGUGAAUGUUACCAAGAUCUGCAUUGCUGUGUUCAGAAUAUGAGGUUGGUUCUUGCAUGGAACUUCUGUGUAAAUAAAAUGGAUAAAUACACAUUCAUUAUACUGGUGUAUAUGUGGAUACAUGUAUGAACUGAAGUUGAACUGUCACUGAAGGCUGUAAAGGAAAGUAGAAUAAAAGCACUCUAUUGUCAGCCAUAUUUGA